UCUAGUGUUCAUGAAGCGUAUUGCAGUAAACUAAUCGGAUGUUUUAAUCAAAUCCAUAAAUGAUUUACGCCUAUAUUUAUUAUAUAUUAUUUUGUUUGCAAGAAGGAAAUUUUUCAUCCUGGAGAUUUAGAUUUGAUCAUCCUCUCUCUUUGCCACUUGACUGAAACUCUAUAACUGGUUUCCUAGCAACCACUACAGACAAGUGUACUGGUCUGACAACAAACAUCAAAGCCAGUUUUUCAGCACUACUGUAUGUCAGUCAGCGUGUGUAUGUGAUUGUUAUGGAGGAGAGGUGAGUGGCGUUUCUUAACUUUACAAAUGCCUAAUAAUGUCUGAGAACAUCGAUUCUAAUAUUCAGAAAGACCCUUUCUCAUUUAGAAUGGAGAAUUAUGAGAAGUGUGCCAGAAGAAUUCAGUCAUAUUGGAGAUCGUUUAGGGACAGACGGCUCUUCAAACUCAUGAUGAAAACUCUACGCUCUGCAGAACAGUGUCCGGCUUUGACAGUUCUGCAUCAUCUCAGUCCCAGAGAAGCCGAACUCCUGAAAGACCCCAGUCUAAAGUGCAAGAUCCGAUUCAGGUUUGCAGGCCCUCGAUUUCCACCUUCUGUUGUGUUCAAGAUUUUCCACACUGGAGGAGGACGACACUAUCUGUCUGGCCAAAAAGCCUUUGCUCCCUCCAACCAGGCCACAGCAGACACCUGCAGAAUGAUGGGAAACAGAGCAUUUAUGGAUCUCAUUUCAGUGAACGAGAUUCACAAAGCCGCUGUUGAACCACAAGACUUGAUUUGCAUGAGAGACUAUAUGCAGUAUUCCAGCCACAUGGACGAGCUUCCAGCACGUCUAGGUGGCAGAGAAAACGGAUGGAGGUUCCUGUCUCUAAAGGUGCUAUCCCGGGACAUUAUGCUCAGAGAGCCUGGAAAGAGAUGUUUUGGUGUAGGCAGACUGAAUACGGUCUUGCCGUUAAGACAUCUUGCCCGCUCUGAUUUUUCCGGACAGCAGCUCUCGCACAGAGGUUUUCUGACCUCCACACGACGCUCUGCCCGCGCUCAAAACACUUCAGCUCACAAGAGACGACUCUACGGCCUGCCUAAGACUGAAAGAGUGUUAGAUGAACAUAUGAACAGCAUUAAUAACCAUGACAUGAAGAAACAGAACGGGACAACUGAGAAAUGGGGCAUCAAGAUAGUUCUUCCAUUAGUUGAGACUGAAGACUAUGACGACAACUCAUCUGAGUCUGAAUGGGAGGAAGAGGCUGAGAAACUGUGCAACUGGUCUAAACAACUGGAUAUAGAUGCUGUCAAAACACCUGAGCUCAUUUAGAUGGAGAAACAAUGUUUUACACUAGUAGAAGCCUUGAUUAAAGGUUGCAUUUCAGUUAAAACUUCAAACUUUUAUUGCAUUAUUCUGAGAAAUUUAGUUGGCAAUUAAAAUAUUAACUGUGCAACUGGUUAAAAACAACUGAAUAUAGAUGCUGUUGAAACACAAGUUCAUGUAGAUGGAAAAACAAUGUUUUAUACUAGUACAGGCCCUGAUUUAAGUAUAUACUACAAACCUUUAGUGCAUUAUUCUGAGAAUUUUAAUAGGCAGUUAAAAUGUAAAUUUUUUUAUCAGUACUUUGCAUUUGUAGUUUUGGGUUAAUGGCUUCAUUUGACUAUGAUAAACAACAUAUGGUGACACUAUUUGAACAUUUGGGCUCUUUUGCUUGAAUCCACCUUUCAUACUUCAUGCAUGUGCACUCGAAAGACAUCCAUCCAAAAAAACAGAUGGAGGUGACAUACUACACAUGUACGGUAACCUCAUUUUUGUAAUUCUCAUGAAAAAAUACACCACAUGCAACAAGCCAAGCAUGCAUGAUCAGAAAAUUAUUUUUUCACUAAAUAUGGAUUAAAACAAAAAAUAUAUUUUGAUUAGGGAUUAGAGAAAGGGAUGA